GCGUCCCGCUCGCCAUUGCAAUGACGACGCGCGCCAUGUUCCGACGUGCAGUGCUAGUGAUGUGCGCGCUUGCGUGCGCCGGCGCAGCGGCAGCCCACGGACACAACCACGGACAUGCCCAUGCACACACCCCACAUGCAGGGGGGUCGGUAGGGACUAGUGAAAAUCCCAUCGCUACGACCCCGUCGGGCCCUAUCCGAGGGUCUAUGAUGCAGACACGGCGCGGGCGGGCCUUCGAGGCCUAUCGCGGCAUGCGGUACGCAGAGCCUCCUGUAGGUGAACUUCGAUUUCAGCCACCGAAAAUGAUUGAGAAAUACGAGGGAGUAUUGGAUGCUACCCAAGAAGGCCCCGCGUGCCCCCUUCCCGCGCCGCCCGGCUACUACCUGGAUGAGGACUGCCUGCGCAUCAACGUCUAUACCCCAAGCCAUAAGAGUAAGGAGCUGCUGCCAGUGGUGGUCUAUAUACACGCGGGCGGGUUCUACGCAUUUUCUGGCCGCGGCGACGUGGCGGGACCGCACUACCUGCUCGACCGCGACAUCGUUCUCGUUACCCUCAACUAUCGCCUCGGCACGUUAGGUUUCCUGAGCACGGGCGACGCGGCGGCGCCGGGCAACAACGGGUUCAAGGACCAGGUGGCGGCGCUGCGCUGGGUGCGGCGCAACAUCGCGGCGUUCGGCGGAGACCCCGACCUCGUCACCAUCGCCGGCUGCAGCGCGGGCUCCAUCAGCGUCAUGCUGCAUAUGAUCUCACCAAUGUCUAAAGGUCUGUUCCACCGAGGAAUAUCAAUGAGUGGGUCGGUCUCGGUCCCCGUGCCCACGCCCACCAACCUGCUGCCCCUGGCGCGCCGACAAGCCGAGCUCGUCAACUGCCCCACGUCUCCUAACAAAGCAAUGGUCGACUGCCUCAAAACAAAGCCGUGGAAGGAGCUAGGAGACUCUUUAAAUGGAUUCUAUGAGUUCGGUUUCGAUCCGGUGGCGCUUUGGUGGCCGGUAAUAGAGCCAAACGUAGGUCAGGAGCGGUUCCUGGCCAUCGAGCCCGCCGUGGCCAUCCGCAAGGGCAGGAUGCACGCCGUACCGCACAUCAUCAGCCAGACCACAGACGAGUUCUUCUGGAAAGCUUUCACUAUACUGAACAAUCAGACGUUGUUGGACGGGAUGAACAAGGAGUGGGAGCGGAUAGCGCCUAUCUCGCUGCAACUCCCGCGGGAAGGCGCCGCGCCGAAGGUCAACAGGCUGCGUCAGGAGUACUUCGGGAACAGGACGCUGGUUAACGACACCGCCACCGCCAAAGCCCUCGGGAACCUGUACGGUGACGCCAUCGAGGCGUUCCCCGUACACAGAAUGGCCAACCUGAUGUGCCGUCACUCCCCCUACCCGGUGUACUACUACGAGUUCGCGUACGUCGGCAACCACAGCCACUACGAGGACCCCGUCACUAACAAGCCCACAGGUGAGCGCCUGCCACUUGACAGUACUCGCUGCUCAAUACAUUGUGAUCCGAACGCGUACGGCGGACUGGACCUGCCCGAGCUGAGCGGACUGCACUGGCCCGCCAUGACGCCUGACAAGCGACACUACCUCAGGGUCGACAGGACGCUCUCCAUCCGCUCCAACCUCAAGGAAGACCGGAUCAAAGUGUGGGAGGAGCUUUAUCCUAUUAAAUAUUGAUUGUUACAUUUUUACCAUCAUAAGUUACGUUAAGUUAUUAAUAAAUUAUUGAAAAUUG